AUGAGCUCAGUAAACAAAGAUUUGCCGACGAGGAAAUGUCAAGUGGCUGAUUUAGAAGAAGCUGUGGAAAAUAUGCGCCGUUUAACCAAGGAGAAACCUCGAAUAUGCUUUCUCGGGAAAGAAUUUCUGAUUUAUCCUGAAGUGUUCCAUCCAGAUCCGUGGCACGAGAUUAUAGCCUACGUCAACAAAGAAGUGAUUGAGGUGAUCAAAACGAAACUGUUGCUGAAAUUUGAAGACGCCCCAUUCAAUUUUCUUGAAGUGGGUUGUGGCGCAGGUUACACAGCUAUCAAUGCUGCUCUGAUUUCGCACCAGUGCAAAGUCUGGGCGACGGACAUUAACCCCACUGCUGUAAAAAACACCGUUGAAAAUGCAAAGUUGCAUGGAGUAGAUGAUCGAGUGAUAGCUGUCGCUGCUGACGUCUUUGACCACAAGGAAAUCGCUGGAAAAAAAUUCGACAUGAUCUACUGGAAUUGUCCAUGGGAUGACCAGCACCCGAGUCCCGGAAACGAGGUAGAAUUGCUCAUGCGCAGUAUUGCUGAUCCAGGGUACCAAAGCUUGCGCCGUUUCCUUUCACAAGCCAGGAUCUUUCUAAAGGAUUCAGGCUGUGUUUUCCUUGGAUUUUCCUUAACUUUUGGUUCUAAAGAGUUGUUUGAAAAGGUAGUUGCAGAAACUAAGUGGAGGUACAAAAUAUAUUCCAGGAAAAUCUUUCCGCUUUCCCUGGGAUCAGAACAUGAAGAAGAGGUAUCUAUUUUGGAGCUUUGUGAACAAAAUGAGAAAUAAUUAAACAAGCAAGCAAGUAAACGAAGAAAACGGAACGUUUACUUUUCGAGUUAGGGUGACUAAUUUUUGUUCAAGCGUUUUUAAGUUUAGUUUAAAUAUGCGUUCAGGUAUUGAGUUUAAGGGACUUCAAAUCAUUUGCUUUACCUUAUGCAAAGUUAUCAGUCAGCGUGCCGCAGGGAGUUGAACCUGUACCGGUCGCGAAAAAAGUUCAUGUUAUCGAAAAUAACCGAAUAUUAAAUAAGGCAAGACAGUUAUCUUUGAGGAAGGAAUGCAAUGCAAGUACCAUGCACACUUCACUUCAAGCACAGUAG